UAGGUCGCAGUAACAUCGGUGCCAUUGAGUUCACACAAUAUGAGGGAACACAGCGGCAGCCAAAACCCAACUCUAGAUUUUUCAAAUUGGUGUGCUUGACUGUUUUAAACCCGCAUAAUGUAACAAUAAACGAAACAUUACAACCUUCGGGAAUGGAAGCCAGAAGCUGGCUUUUAUUUUGACUGCAAGAAUGUGGUGCGGGGAGCCCUGACAAUACGCCGUUUAGCUUUCAAAUGGAAGAUUGGCUACUCCAGCUCAUUUCGGUGGAUAUGUUGCCGUUGUUUUUUUUACACAGACCCUUUCUAAUCGGCAUGGAUCUUGGGAUUUGGAUUCUUUUACCUCUUUCGUGUAUUGAGCUGUGAAAAGAAGACAGGCUACGCCGAUCGACCGGGAUACAACAUUCUCUGCCUACCUCGACAUUUUGCUACCAGGGAUUUAAAUAAUCACGUGCUACAACAACGGAAAGAUUUUAUAUAUAUAUAUAACCAGAAUUGAUGUGGCCGUGUGACCUUUAAUGAAUUCAAUCUGGAGGGCAAAAUGAGUAGGGAAAGGCCGAAGAGAAAUAUCAUUCAAAAGAAAUUUGAUGAUAACGAUGGGAUCCCGUGGUCGGAGGAGAGAGUGGUCCGCCGGGUGCUCUACCUCUCACUUAAAGAGUUUAAGACGGCUCAGAAGGGCAAAGUGGAGAAUGGCACGGGAAUAGUUAAUGGCUCCUUUGCAAAUGGUCAUCUGAAUGGUCCGAGAGCUAAAGCUGGGCGGUUCGCAGGAAGCUGUAAGUCAGACCGGACACAACAUGCAGUUCAGAGCAAAGACUGCAGCCAUGAGUAUUCAAUAGAGGGGCCUGUCAGAAAGAGGCCAAGACUGCAGGCUCAGAGGAAGUUUGCUCAGUCUCAUCCCUGUUCUCCCAAUGCCACCCCACUGAAAAUGCUGGAGGGCAUGCCCCCAAGCCCAGCCAGGCUCAACCAUCUCACAAGACGCAAACCCAAAACCGAAGACUUCCUUACCUUCCUCUGCCUAAGAGGCUCUGCUGCGUUGCCCAGCAACAUGACAUACUUUGGUAGUGCUAAAGAUGAUGAAGAUGUAGAUGAGGAAGAGGAUGAGGAAGAGGAAGAAGACGGUGCUAGCAAUGCCACUGCUUCCUGCCAGUCCACUCCACGCAAGAGCAAAGGACCCAACAAAUGCAUCGCCAACGGUCAUGUAUUUAAUGGGCAGACACGAACUGCUGAGGAAAACGAGAGCAGUUUAAGAGCCAGAGGGAGAGACGGGGUCCAUGGGAAGGAGAAGAACACUGUAGCAUCAGCUAGGACCUCCACUACACACAAUCUAAGACCCACCAGGGCUGUACAAGAACAAAAACAACAGGCCUCCAAAAUGAAUGGAACAUCGGGAGCAUCCGCUGUCAGUUCUAGGAAGACGAGAGAACUCCGCACUCCCCCGACCAAAGCUGUGAAAUACCCCAAGGGCCAUGUGACUUACACCAAAGCCAGACUGCUCAAAGAGGCCAAGCUCAGCCUGAGCACACAUACACGCCACACCCACACACACCCUCAGCACUCCAACUCAGGAAAAGCCCAAACCAGCCACGCCAAGAUGCAAAAACAGGUGCUAUCACCAGCAACCGCUGGGAGGCUGUGUGGGAAGGACACUUUCCCACCCAGACGAAACGGACUGAGACAGUCAAAGAGGCAGUUGGAGUUAGCUGGGGUUAGUCUGACUGGAGCAGAGGUCGAGGCUAAGAGGGUCAAAGUACAAGUGGUUCCCUUGGAGACGCGGAGUAGGAAAGCAGCUCAGGAGACGCCGGUGAGACCGCAAGUGGCAGGAUCGCAACGGCCCAAACGGGCCUUGGCGGGGAAGCUCAUGUUCACCAAACAGAUGCACUGUAAAGCCACCGUUCUGGCCAAGAACAGCCCCACUACCUCAACACAAGACAUUUUAAAACCAGCCAACUCCCCCAAAAUAUCAGAGACCCCCAAAACAAGCAAUUCACUAAAACAAGGCAAUCAUUCUAAAACAACUGAGCCCCUCAACCAAGCUGAGCCUAAAGAGCGAGGCCGGCGCAGCACGGAGGUCACGGAGGUUCCUGUUUUCUAUCCCAGCACACGCGAGCUCCACGACCCAAUGACUUAUAUGGAGUUUAUGCGGGGGCAAGCGGAGGCGUAUGGGUUGUACCGGGUUGUUCCACCGGCGGAUUGGCGUCCUGAGUGUAAGCUUAAAGAGGAGAUGCGCUUCGUCUCGUACGUGCAGCAUGUGCACAAGCUGGGCAGACGCUGGGGCCCAAAUGUACAGCAACUGGCCUGCAUCAGGAGACACCUGCGGACACAAGGCAUUAAUAUGGAAGAGCCUCCACUUAUAGGGGGCUGUGAGCUGGACCUGGCCAGAUUCUUCCAGAUCCUAAAUGAAAUGGGGGGAAUGCAGCAGGUGACAGACCUGAAGUCGUGGGGCCGUCUCGCCGAUCUGCUGGGCAUCCCACGCUCGGCUCAAGAUCGGCUGGCCAAGCUCCAGGAGGCGUACUGCCAAUACCUGCUCUCCUACGACUCCCUGUCCCCAGCCCAAAGGACCCUGCUGGAGAAGGAAGUGCUGGCGGAGAAAGAGGCUCUGGAGAGAAGAAGUGGGCCCCUAGAGGGCCAGGGAGACAUAUCCCAGCAUGCCGCUCUGCUGCUUCCACGCUCCGAGCCCAAAAAUGGGCUGGUGAACGGAGCGUUGCACCGAAGCGGAGCACGUGAGCACCUCAGAGAGCUGGACCCCAUGGCAAAGACCACCCGGCAGAGAAGACUAGAGAAGAGAGGGGAGGAAGAAGGGGUGAUAAAUGAACAUCACAAGUGCAUAUACAGGGGAAAGUCGUUCUCUCUGACGACAUUCUACAGGGCAGCCAGGAAUACUAUGAACAUGUGCUUCAGCAAAGAGCCAGACACUGCUGAAGUUGAGAGGGAGUACUGGAGAUUGGUUGAGGAAAAGGAAUGCCAUGUUGCUGUGCACUGUGGGAGGGUUGAUACAAAGACUCAUGGGAGUGGAUUUCCUGUGGGCAAGUCUGAGCCAUUUUCAAAGCAUGGAUGGAAUCUUACUGUCCUUUCCAAUAACUCAGGAUCCAUCUUACGUCAUCUUGGUGCUGUGCCAGGAGUGACCAUCCCCUGGCUGAACAUAGGCAUGGUCUUUUCUACCUCAUGCUGGUGUCGGGACCAGAACAGCCUUCCGUAUAUCGAUUACCUACACACUGGUGCUGACUGCAUUUGGUACUGUGUUCCAGCUGAAGAGAAAUCAAAACUUGACAAAGUAGUACACACACUGCUACAGGCUAACGGCACUCCAGGGCUGGAGAUGCUAGAGAGGAACAUUAUGAUUUCUCCAGAGGUGCUCCGUCGAAAGGGGGUGAAAGUGUACCGGACAGUGCAACAGAGUGGUCAGUUCAUGGUAUGUUUCCCAGGGACCUUUGUGUCUAAGGUGUGUUGUGGCUACAGUGUCUCAGAGACAGUGCACUUCGCCAACCCCCAGUGGAUGAAACUGGGCUACGAGGCAGCUAAGGACCUUAAACGGCGUCGUAUAGAGGAGCCUUUCUCCACCGAGAAACUGCUCUACCAGAUCACUACAUGUGAGCGGGACAACAAGCAGCUCAUGAAUGCAGUCUCCAGUCUCAUCAAAGAUCUCAGGUCUGUCCGAAACACAUCCUGAGGCUUGUUUUG